UUUUUUUUUUAAUUCCUCGUAGGUGCUUGGAAUUGAUAAUAGAGGAUUUGUUCGAGGAAUGGGAGGUGGGAUAUCAAAGACUGAACUGAUUGCUUCCGCAGUUCCUAGGGAGAAAUUACGUCAACAGGAGCUGAAGACUAGAUCUGUCGAAGAUCGUGUUCGUUCUCUUGAGAGACUAAUGGCUGGUUUAAGCUCCAAUCCUAGCACCAGCAAUGCUAAUGCUCAGGGAAUGAAUGGUGGUGGUGGUUAUCAAACUAGAAGUCAGGGGGUAAUUUUGAGAAAUAUGAGAAAGAGAUGUGUUGCCUUGGGCCAUAUAGAUAGGAGUAGGCCUCUAGUAAAUGAUGAAUUUCAUUUGGUCCAAAUUGAUGAAGUUUGUCUAGAAUCUGAGGCUCUCUGUGAUGGCGAUGGAACUUUUAAGGAUGUUAUCAUAGGCCAAAAGAUUUUGUGGCCGCAACACUCUGUCAAAAUGUCUCAACAUCUAACUACUCCAAAUAAAGACUGGAUGUUUGCACGCAAGGGUUCACCUCCAUGGAUUCAAGGUGUUCAAUAUUUCAUCCAAUUUGCAACAGAGAGUCUUGGUGAAGGUAUCAAAGAAUUUCGUUGUCCUUGCAUGAAGUGUAAGAAUUACAACAGUUUACCAAAAUCUCUAGAUGAUGUACAUGGGGAUAUUCUUGAUUAUGGGUUCGACAGGCAAUACCGAACAUGGAUCCAUCACGGAGAGCAACCUCGUGUGAAUAAUGUUCAAGCUCGUUCUUUACCUGCCAAUAAUGCUAUGAAUCAUGGAGAUGCUGCAUCUUUUCCGAGGAUAUUUGACUUGUUCAAUGAGACACUAGGACGUGUAGGUGGUAUUGAUAAUCCUGAAGACCAUCCGGGUACUGCUGUUGAAGACGGUACUGCUGUUGAAGAUGGUACUGUUGUUGAAGCUGGUACUGCUGCUCAAGAUAAGGCUAAUGUGAAUUGCAGGAAGAGGUUGGAGGAUGCAGUCCAACCCUUAUUUCCAGGUUGUGAUGCUGAUCAUACAAAACUAUCAGCAACAGUUGAGUUGCUUAGUAUGCAAGCAAGGUAUCAAUGUUCUGAUGUUUUCAUGACUGAAUUAUUUGGAUAUUUGAAAAUUAUUUUACCAGAUGGGAACACAUUGCCAUCUAAUUGUCGUAAAGCAAAGGACAUGAUUAAGCCAUUUCAGUUGCCGGUCCAUAUCAUCCAUGCUUGCAUUAAUGAUUGUAUUCUCUAUCGCAAGGACUAUGCUAAUGAAGAGAAGUGUCCUAAAUGUGGUGAAAGUAGAUGGAAGAAACCACCCGAAGGGAGUAAUCCAUCAACUAAAAAGGUUCCAGUGAAGAGACUGAGGUAUUUUCCAGUUACAGAAAGGUUGCAGCGUAUGUAUGGUACAACAUGGAUAGCUGAGCUGAUGACAUGGUAUGCUAAGGUUGAAGAAAGUGCUACACAUAUGAGACAUCCGGUGGAUUCGUCACAAUGGAAGUCAAUAGACAUGAAGUGGCCUGAGUUUGCUGAAGAGAAACGAAACGUACGUCUGGGACUAGCAACUGAUGGUUUUAACCCUUUUGGAAUGAUGACCUCGCAUAGUACUUGGCCUGUUAUGCUUACUUGUUAUAACCUUCCGCCAUCUGAAUGCACGUCAAAGGAUUUUACGAUGUUAACACUGCUGAUUCCUGGUCCACUUGGUCCUAACCACAACAUAGAUGUUUAUUUGCAGCCCUUGAUCGACGAGUUAAUUGAUUUAUGGACAGUCGGUAAAGUAACGUACGAUGCGCAUACAAAGACUUCCUUUACAAUGAAAGCAAUGUUAUUGUGGUGCAUACACGACUUUCCCGCAUAUGCUCAUGUUUCUGGUUUGCGAACUUCUGGAAGAUUUGGUUGUCCUGUGUGUGGAGAAAAUACAGAGGCGUUCAGGCUAAAAUGGGGUUCUAAGUAUGCUUAUAUGGGUCAUAGAAGGUUUCUAAGAGAUAGGUUUCACCCUUAUAGACUGAAAACAUCUGAGUUCAACGGAUUUGAGGAGACAAGGGGUGCACCAAGACGUUUGAGUGGUGCCGAAUUAUUCGACAAGACAGCAACCGCAGAUAAAGAGUUUGGGAAGCUGGUCAAGCGGCCGGUCGUACAAAAGAAUUUUACGGAGAAUUUGUUUGGAACUUUUAUGAGCCAUAAGGAUAAGAACAAGGAUGGGAAACUGGCGCGUAAAGAUUUAAAACUGCUAAACUUAAAGCCUUGCUUGUGGUUGACGGAAGAGAAUGGAAAAGUAGAGAUGCCUCAUGCACCUUAUUCUUUGUCUAAGGAAGAAAGGGAAGUCAUCUGUAAAACUCUUAGCACACUUAAAGUUCCAAUUGGUUACAGUGCGAAUUGGAAACGGAAAGUAUGCUUGAAAGACUUCCAAUUGAAGGGUUUGAAGUCUCACGAUUAUCAUAUUCUGAUGCAGGGGUUAAUGCCUAUUUUUAUGAUGCAUUGUUUCAAAGAACAUAAGCCUUUGCGUGAGGCAGUUCGACACUUAUCGUUGUUUUUCAAAGUACUAACUUCCAAGGUUAUUGAUCGUGCUGAGCUUCAAGAGGCACAUCAAUUGGGGCCUGUUCAGUUUAGGUGGAUGUACCCUUACGAGAGGAUGAUGAGGUACUACAAAGUACUUGGUCGCAACAAAAAUUAUGUAGAAGGCUCUAUUACAAAACAGUAUGAGAUUAAUGAAGGAGCGCGCCAUUGCGUCGAGAUACUUCCUGAAAAGAGGCGAAAGUCUCUUAAGUGUCGUGGAAAGAUAUCAAUGCCCAGUGAUGUUUAUGAAGGUCCAUACCCACCUAAUUCACAAGGAAAGCCACAUUCAUUGACCAACGUAGAGCAUGAACAAGUUCGUUUGUGGAUAUUGAGACAUUCAGAUGAAAAUACUGAAUGGGAAGAGUAA